UGUUCUCGCUGUCGACUGCGCUGCAUCGCAUACUCGUUGUGUUUUUUUUCUUCUUUUCUUUUCGUUCAAUGUAACGCACAUUUUAUUUCUUCUAUCAAAUGAUGUCGCGUAGUCUACGGUCAAAUAGUCGAUGGCAAAAAUUACAAGUUCAACAAAUCAAACAAGCCGAUAACGAAUUGCGCACAAAUAUUAACAAUUGUAUAAAGACAAGCGUUGACUGUUUUGAUCAACGAGAAUUUCUAAGUUUAUUUGCGCUGAUUCCAGCGAAGCAACAAAAUGGCAAGGUACAUCGGCCAGUUUCGAUACGAAAAUCGCUUUCUGUACAGCGGCCAGUUAAAAAGAUCGUGAAAGUGGGACAGCCAAUUAGGAAGCUUCGGCCACCACCUCCGCCUCUACCACAGACCAAUGAUGAUUCCAAUAAUAAUCGGUUUGACACUCGAACGAAACGCAAAAUUACACUGGAGAGCUACAUCACCGAGGCAUGCCAUGUUCAGGACACAUUGUUGGCUCGUAAGCUAUAUUUGUUGAACGAAUUGUACGAGGCCGUUGCCGAUAAACGAAAAUUUGACAUUUUCGAUGAGCAAGACAAACAAAGGAAUAUCAUUUUGAAAAUUAUGAUCAACGAAUUACACACAAAAUUGAUGUUCCUUCGCAAUUAGAACACAUAAUGAAAUAAUUUUGCGCAAAACAGAACAAAACUUACCAGACAUAUGGCAUUUUAGCCAUACAUUUGAUGUACUUUUUACAAACGACAUUUGUACGACACAGUCAUAUAGCUCAAACGAUUUAUUAUCUAGUUUUAAGACAUUCAUAUUGAAUUUACUCUGUAUUCAUAAGCCAUUUACAAUAUUCCAAUAUUCUCUUUACUCAAUCAUAUGUAUAGGAAAACAAAACAAGCUAUUAGCUUUCCAAAUUUGUGUUCAGUGCCCAACAGAAGAAAAAAAUAUAUAUAAAAAAAAUUGUGUAUAUGUUAACAAGAAAA